CUACCAGUCUGGUCUGAAUCGGAUCCGCGUUUACUUCUUGCACAAUUGGUUAGGAGUUAGGGUGGGUGGUUUGGUGGAGUGUGGAGGAAGGGAUCGUUAUCGUCAUCGUCUUCGUGGUCAUCGUGGUGGUGGCUGUCCUGUGCUAGACCUAAAAAAAAAUGGCAUUGCAGAGCAUUUGUAGCAAUUCCCUCCUUACAAAGUCGGUGGUGUAUUGGCCAGCCGCCUCCUCUUCAUCAUCGGCAUGGUCAUCGUCGUCGUCGUCUUGCUGUUCGUACAGCAAUUUAAUGCUAUGUAAUAAAAAAGGGAAGUGGAGGAGAAGGGAAGGGCGUAGUGGGGGAGUGAUAUGUGCGGUGGACCGUAACAGCAACAGCAAAAGCAGUAAUAGCAGUAGCAGUAGCAAUAGCAACAGCAGCAAAAGCAGCGGCGAUGGGAAAAAAGGGGGAGGAGUCCCCAACUCCAAUUAUGUGGUGCCGAUGGACAAGUCCUUUUCCUUAGCAAACUCCUCUUGCAUCACUCGCCCUCUAGCUGAAAUUCUCCGAGACCUCAACAAGAGGAUCCCUGAAAAUAUCAUCGGAACUCCCAACGACAGCACUACCAUCAUCCCCUGGUACCAUGCAAACCGAAUGAUGAGCUUCUAUGCUCCUGGAUGGUGUGGGGAAAUACGGGAUGUUAUUUUCUCUGACAAUGGAAGUGUAACCGUUGUUUACCGCGUAACAAUUCGAGGAUCUGAUGGAGAGGCACACCGUGAGUCAUCCGGAACAAUCUCAUCCACUGAUGGGCUCAUUGUAGAUCCAGUUGCUGCCGCAGAGGAAAUAGCUUUCUGCAAAGCAUGUGCUCGGUUUGGCCUUGGACUGUACUUGUAUCAUGAAGAAUAAGUGCAAAAGAUGGUGAAUAGGUGCCCUUCCCUCUAUCUAUCAACGUUUUGUUUAAUUUGUUGAAAAAUUACAUAUACUUGCCCUUUCAAUUUUUGUAAAUAUCUAACAGGUAAGAAUUGGUCAUUCAGUAUUUUCAGAUCGUCCACUCUAGAUUAUGGGAAACAAGUUACUAAUUGUUAUUUCCAGAAUUUCAUAAUUACUUAUACAUACUGGACCACUAUUUUCGUA